AUGCCGGAACGACAAGCCGUCGUCACCCUCUACACCCUCUACAUCCCCGAUACCUUCUCCUUCCGGUCCCUGACCUUCGCAUCUGACGAUGACUACGUUGAUAUCGGCCGGUCUUCGAAGCGAGAAACCAAGAAUCUGAUCCCCGCUCAGAAUAAUGCUUGGUUCGACUCGAGGGUCAUGUCUCGUGAUCAUGCGAGGAUCGGAGUGAAUAUGGCGGAGAAGACUGUCAUUAUCCGUGAUGGCGGUUCCAUGCACGGUACCUGGGUGAAUGACAGGAGGAUUCCUGUCGAUCAGGAUGUCGUUGUGAAUAGCGGCGACAUCCUGACUUUUGGUGCGGAUGUUACUCGUGGUGCUGAAACGUUCCCCCCGCUUAGGGUUCGUUGCGGAUGUGAGUGGUUCGAUUCUAGUGAUGCUGCAAAGGAGAACAUCUCAGCUAGAAAACGGAUCCAUCCUAUCAACACUUUCAUCGUUCCUGAUGAUGAUGACGACGACGACAGUGAUGUUGAGGUCGUUGAAGACUCUGUGCCCGCUAAACCGAUGAGUCCCCAGGAUCACGAGUUUGAGGAUUCCGACCAGAGUGGUGACGCAGAAAAUCAAGAUAUCAGAGAGAACUCUACGCCCAUCACCUCGCCGUCGACUAAGGAAGUCUCUUUGGGACUCGAACCCAAACCCACGAAUACCACAACCAAGGAGGGUCAUUCGGACCCCUCUGACGGAACUUCGGGCAGUCCUAUUGUUCUCGAUGGUGACGAGGCUCCCGUCACCCCGAGGAUGACUCCUCCACCUGCCUCGAAUAAUUCGAACUUCCAUGUUAACAAUGUAGACGCUGAUGCCGACGCUAUGGACCACGAUUCGGAUCACUCAUCCUCCAUCGCAAGCUCUCCCAGGGAGACUCAACCUGCCACCGAAUUUGAUUACUGGGAUGAAGAAGAUGUGAUUAGCUAUGGAUUUGGUUCAGAGAGUGAAUCGUCGAACGAUGAGUCCUCUGACUCAGAGAUGGAUAGUGAAUCCGAGAACGCAACCUCCCACUGUGAUGACCUGGAGAACAAGCCCCAGUCGCAGGCAGACAACAAAACGCAGGUUGCUAAUGAGAAGGAGGUCGAGUUCAGUGGUUCUGCUUCGACUAUCCAGCAUCAGGCCAUCCAGCCGCAGAGCAUCGAAGAAGCUCCGAACGAUUUUGACAAAACAUGGUCGACGAAUAACUUCACCCGAUCGGGUCCCCUUUCACCAGCGCUACUUUGUGAUCCGUAUGCUAUCCCAAGGUCCUCUUUGCAGCAGACCGGCAACUCAUAUGUUCCCCGUCUUCCUAGUCUACAUGCUCUUUCCUCAAGUGGAUGGGAACCACAAGCAGUGCCACGGAGUGAUCACUUUGAUAUCGGAACGGCACCCAGAGCCUUUGGGCACCGCUGCACUCGAUUCGAUGAUUUCCCUGUGAGGCGACAACCACGGCAGACAGUUCUCUCAGCUCCAGCCAUCCCUCCAGUGAUUCCUAGCUCAUACAACGGCUCGAGCGGUAUGUCUCCUGUAAAGAAUGAUAUCUAUAAUGCGGAAGACCAAUGGCAAGUCGAGAAGCCCGGCCUCGCGAGCCAGUCGAAGAUAGAGCGGACAACCCCUAUGGAUUAUUUGCGUGAACCCAACACUCGGCUCUGUAUUUCCGACAUUGUCGAUAGCCGGUCGCAGGAGGCCCGGUCUGCGCAGGGACUCCCUCCGAAGAGGAAGGCAGACGAGAUGGAAUCGGCCGCGAUACGUCAUGCACCUGCUUAUCCAUACGAAUUUGCUGAUCCUUCAACCGCCAACCCUUACGCCUCUGGUUCCAACACUGUACCGUUGGGUACUAACCAAUGCGUAGACGACGAGAGCUUUUCGCAAGAUGCACAGCCGCGGUCCUCGCUGCCUGAUCUUGAGGACUCGACUCAGAACACUGGUAUACACUCUAUUCCCGAAGAUGAGCCCGAGGAACCAAAGUCUGUUCCCGAAGUGGAAAGGCCUAGCAAGCGCAUCAAGACCUCCGAUGAAGGCAGUGGACGCUUCGUAACUCAUGCUGCAACGGCCCUCGCAGGAGCAGUGUUGGGUGGUCUUGGUACCGUUGCUUUGUUGGCUUCUUUGCCACCCGACUACUUUGUCUAG